UUUAUCUUUAGGAAGCUUUGCAGCAUCCUGUGGUCAGAAUGUUAAUUAAAUCAAAAUGGAGAAGCUAUGGACACUUGUUUCUGAGUCUCCAAGCAGCAUUGUUUUGCAUCUUCUUGCUGUUCAUGUCAUAUUCUCUGCUGCAUGCUUCAACCAAACUGGACCCCACCCAGUACAGUGAUGCACUGGACUCACUGCGUGGAUUUUGUGAAGUUUUCACUCUACUUAUGGUUGUGUUUUACAUCUGUGAGGAAAUAAAUCAGAUUAGAAUAGAGCGGCGUUCUUAUUUCACAGAGUGGAUGACUCUGUUUGACUGGUUAGGCCUGCUGUUGAUCUUAUGUAUAAUACCGUUACGAUACAUGGAUCAUAAAGCUCAGUGGAUGAUGACAUCUUUGGCCUUCUUGAUCAACUUCAUGAGGAUCUUUAAGUUUUCAUGCGUGUCAAGGACUACAGGAUUAUACACACAAACCUUGGCCAAAAUCAUAUUACAUGACGUCACAAGAUACAUGGCAGUUUUUAUUGUGAUCUUUUUCUCUUUCUGUGGGGCAUUGACUUUAUCACUCUGUUACUCGGGAUCCAGGGAAACUCAAGAACUUCGUGGCUUUGGAGACGUCUUGUGGAGCGGAUUUCGAGCACUGUCUGAUCAGUAUCCAAUGGUUGAAGACUACUCAACUUUCAACUGGCUGUCAGUUCUGCUGAUGAUGGCGUACAUGGGGACAGUGACUGUAAUUCUACUCAACAUUCUCAUUGCACAAAUGAGCACGACCUACACUCAGGCCAAGAAAGUCGCUCGUCUGGAAUAUGAUGUGGAUCGGAUUUUCCAACUUACUCGCAUGGAGAGAUUUCCCUUUCUGAAUUUGCGUGUGAAGUAUUACAAGGAGGGAGGCUGGAUCAGUGAAAUGAAUCUCGCAAAAGGGAAAUGAUGAGAAAGAUGGUUAAACAGAUGAGGCCUCAACAAGAUUAAAAUGGUGUUAAUGGCGGAGGUGUUAAAGGUGUUAAAGGUGUUAAUGGCUCACCACCUUAUCAACUCCGCCAUUAACACCUUUAUCAACUCGAGAGUUGCUGACCAGCAUCCAUUGCAGGUGUUGGAAAGAUUGGCGAAAAAUUAUGUAACCCGAGUAGUCAUACGCUUCAAGGACCAAGACUCCGCUAACAUUGUUAAGACGCAGUUGAAAGACCUUAGC